UCUCCCGCAUUGCAGGUGGAUUUUUUACCAGCUGAGUCGGAAGGGAAGCCAGAAGAUUACCAUAAACUCAUACAAAACGGAGAACGUAACGAGCAUGACUAACUUUUUUCUAAUAAAUACUACUGACUUUAAGACAUGAGAAUAGGACAGUUCAGGGUUUGAGAGGGAAGGCUCCAGAAUUAGACAGCUCUGAGUCUGGAUUCUGGCUUCACUUUUAUCACCUAUAUGAUCCUGAGCAAGUUAUUCAUAGUUAAAUCUAAGCCUAUAAUUAACUGCUUAAAGAUAAGGCUAAUACAAGAAUUUCACCCUGUUAAAUUCUGUGAGAAAUACAUGAGAUAACACACAAGAAUGAUCCCUUAUAGCACCUGACACACGAUAGCGCUUAACAAAUGUAAGUCCUCUACAUAUGAACAUUCAAGUUGCAAGCUGUUGAAGAUGCAAAUGUGUGUCCCAUCAGCUUCAGGCAUGAGCAAAAUUGCGGCUUGCCCUCCAUCUAUUGUUGAUGGUCUUUCAGCUCUACCAUUUCCCACCUCCUCCAGUCAGUAACUGCUCUUGCCUGUUCACUGGGGGCCAGCCCCAAUGUGCCCACUAUUGUAUUGUACUACUGUACUCAUCAGGGUACUGUACUGUAGCAUUAAAUAUAUUUUCUUUAAUUUUUUGGUUUGCUUUUUAUUAUUAUUGUGUGAAAAGUUUUAUGAACCUAUGACAAUACAGUUUUAUAUAGCUGACUGUGUCAGUUGGAUACCUAAGCAAACUUUGUUGGACUUAACAAACACCCUCUUGGAAUGAAUAUCAUUUGUGCAUGGGGGAUUUACUGUGUAUUAUUGCUUAAUGCUGGAUUCUAGAACUACUUAUCAUGUCUGCUAUAUUCCAGAUCUUGUGUGAGGUACUGAGGACAUAAGAAUUUAAAGUUCCUUCCUUUAAUUGUUCUCAAGAUCGAGUAGACACAGCUGAAAAAAAGCAGCUCCAGAAUCCCCAAUGACAUCCCACUACAUGCAGUACAAAGCGUUAAAUACAGGCUAACGAUAAUAUCUUGAGAUUGAGAAGGAAGAGAUUCAUUGUGUGUGGAGGAGCUCAAGCUGAAAGCCAGGCAAGAUCCAAGAUCAAGGAGUCAUGUAGGUACAGUCCUUCUCACAAGACUCCACUCAUGAGACCCUAUAUGAUGGUGUCAGGCUGAAUUUCAACUCGGCCUGCUUGUUGAUAAAAUGAUCCUAGAAGAUGACUCAAGCCGGGAGACCAGGAAGACUAGGGGUGUAUCGUUCAGGAGGGCAGAGGAGAGCAAUACCUGGAGAAAAUGAAAGAAGGUUCAGCACAUUGACGGGUUUGAUAGCACUGGCCAGACCUUAGUCUGGUUCCUGCUGCACCUGCUGCUCAGUGGAUGAGGUUCAAAUAUUUCAACUUGAGCUUCGGUUGCCUCUUCUGUGAAGUGGUCACAUCAGUCACACAACCUCACAGGAGUAUAAUAUGGAUUCAGAGCUCAAGGAUUAUUAUAACAAGACAUUUGCUGGUGAGAACAAUACUGCUUCCAUUCGGAAUUCUGAUUUCCCAGUCUGGGAUGACUAUAAAAGCAGUGUUGAUGACUUGCAGUAUUUUUUGAUUGGACUCUAUACACUUGUAAGUCUUCUUGGUUUUAUGGGGAAUCUACUUAUUUUGAUGGCUCUCAUGAGGAAGCGAAAUCAGAAGACUACAGUCAACUUCCUCAUAGGGAACCUGGCCUUCUCCGAUAUCUUGGUUGUGCUAUUCUGCUCACCUUUCACACUGACCUCGGUCUUGCUGGAUCAGUGGAUGUUUGGCAGGGUCAUGUGUCACGUUAUGCCUUUCCUUCAAUGUGUGACGGUUCUGGUUUCCACUUUAAUUUUAAUAUCCAUCGCCAUUGUCAGGUAUCAUAUGAUAAAACAUCCUGUAUCUAAUCAUUUAACGGCUAACCAUGGCUAUUUCCUGAUUGCCACUGUCUGGACACUGGGUUUUGCAAUGUGUUCUCCUCUCCCAGUGUUUCACAGCCUCGUGGAACUUCAGGAGACCUUUGGCUCGGCAUUGCUGAGCAACAGGUAUCUAUGUGUCGAGUCAUGGCCAUCUGAUGCAUACCGAAUUGCUUUCACUAUCUCUUUAUUGCUUGUUCAGUAUAUUCUGCCCUUAGUUUGUCUAACUGUAAGUCAUACUAGUGUCUGCAGGAGUAUAAGCUGUGGAUUGUCCAACAAAGAAAACCAACUGGAAGAAAAAGAGAUGAUCAACUUAACUCUCCAUCCUUCCCAAAAGAGUGGGCCCCAAGUGAAGCUCCCCAGCAGCCAGAAGUGGAGCUACUCCUUCAUCAGGAAGCACAGAAGGCGGUACAGCAAGAAGACAGCCUGUGUGCUGCCUGCCCCAGCUAGGCUGCCUCUGGAGAACCACCCCGGAAGGCUUCCGGAGCACGCGGGCCCCAGGAAGAGUCCGCUCCCUUCAUCCAGUAAGUUCAUACCAGGGGUGCCCACCUGCUUUGAGGUGAAACCAGAAGAAAACUCAGAUGUUCAUGAGAUGAGAGUAAACCAGUCUAUCAUGAGAAUAAAAAAGAGAUCUCGAAGUGUUUUCUACAGACUGACUAUCUUGAUAAUUGUGUUUGCGGUGAGCUGGAUGCCUCUACACCUUUUCCACGUGGUGACCGAUUUUAAUGAUAACCUGAUUUCAAACAGACAUUUCAAGUUGGUGUAUUGCAUAUGUCACUUGCUAGGCAUGAUGUCCUGUUGUCUUAAUCCAAUUCUAUAUGGAUUUCUUAAUAAUGGGAUCAAAGCUGACUUAAGGUCUCUUAUACACUGUCUGCAUUUGUCAUAAUUCUCAGUGUUUACUAAGGAGAAAAAAAGUGUGGUGAUCACCUAAAAUAUAUUCAUAGUAACUAUGUAUUUAUAAUCAACAAACUUUGUUAACAUGUGGAGUUUAUGUAUAAGAGCUGUGGAUUAGGAUGUCAGUUCAUAAUAUAUAGAAGAUAAUUUUAAUGUGUUAUAUAAGAUAAAUUCAUUUAGUUGUAUAAAGUCAUUGUCAAUCCAGUCUGUAAUUUCAUUUUAAAGAGUAUUUAUAUUACCUUCCAUUUCAACUUGUCUAUAAACCAAUGAAUUGUUAGUUCUUGCUUAAAAUAAAAAUUAUAUUUAACCA